AUCCUCUACACAGGGCUGGGUGUCUAGGGCCAAGCGGAAUGAGUCACCAUCUGUGCUUCCCAAUCCUAAAAGAAUGCAACUUUCCUUAGAUAGUCUCAACACGCUGACGGACUCAACCAAGCCUAAUGGGGGAGUCACUCUCCCACCCUUUAUCAUCGUUUUCAAUAUGAUUAGAGAUAGAAACAAUUUUACUAACCACGAACUACAGACGAAUACCGAGAACACAGACUACCGUAGAACCAGUAACCUGACUGCCUUUAUGAUAGGUAGCAAGGGCGAGAGAGGAGGGAAGGUUUCCCCUAUGCUUGCAGAUGGUACAGUCCUAUGUUAGAGGUUGGAUAGUGUAUGUUACAAUAGCAUUUCCAUCAGCUGCUCUGCUAAGAUCUCUAUAGUUUAUGCUUGUAAAUUCUCUUGCCCAAGUUUUAUUUUGUAUUGGAGCCUAGAUCCACCCAAAGGGAUCUGCAGCAGACAGCAACAAGGAUCCAGAUCCAUUAUCACUGCUAAUUCUGGGAUCUUGGAGCCAGCUUCUGAUCUCCAUUCAAAACAAAUUAAUCUAACAGACCCUGGCUUUCUGUUUGAGUAGGGUGGGGGCUGGACAAUACUCUUCUUCCCUCCCUGGUGAUUGAAGGCUUUUUUUUUUCUCAACUGUUAAACGGAUCCUGUUGCCCAUAGGAAUGAGAUUGCACCAAAGAAGCAAAAAUAAACUCUAAAAUUUAACUGCAAGGUAACUGAGACUAGGAAACAGGAAUCCACUUUCAAUCAUAGCUAUUAAUAUUUUUUAUUUAAUCUGGUGAGGACAUGGAAAAUUACCCUGUGGAAAUCUCAAAGGAGGAGACAAAAGUAGAACCCCACAUACAAGGUUUCACAGUGAAUGAAGAAGAUAAUGAUGUACGGCAGGACUCAGAAGAAACCCACACACACGCGACUGGCACUCAGCUUGAAGCUGGCCAGACAAGCUCAAGGACAGAGGCAAAGACAGCCAGCUCCUUAUCUGUGGCAGAAAGUCACAGCUCCCCCCUACAGACUCAACUUCCUUCUUCUGACCUGGGAGGCGAAGGACCUGCUGCCUCAUCACAAACUCAAGGUCCCUGCAUUUCCACACUAGAGGGAUCCAGAUUAUCUCCUGAAGGUCACAGCUCAUCACCACAGAAAGAAGGCCAGAGCAUGCCUUCUGAGGGACUUUCCUCCCCUAAACAAGAGCAAAUCACAAAAUGUGAAGCACCAUCACCACAUCCUGCACCAUCUCCACCUCCUGCACCAUCUCCUGGUUCUGCAGUCAGCCCACGGCAAAAACUUGACACGCAGAAAGCAGAACAGCGCCAAAAGCAGGCCAAGGAGAGAAGAGAAGAGCGGGCCAAGUAUUUGGCUGCCAAGAAAAAUGUGUGGUUGGAGAAGGAGGAGAAGGCCAGACAGCUGAGAGAGAAACAGAUACAGGACCGGAAGAAGAAACUUGAGGAGCAGAGGCUGAAGGCAGAGAGAAAGCGAAUCCUACUUGAGGAACGGCAACGCUUAAAGCAUGAGAAAAACAAGGAGCGAUAUGAGUCUGCAGUUACCAGAAACACUAAGAAAACCUGGGCAGAGAUCCGACAACAGCGGUGGUCCUGGGCAGGAGCAUUGAAUCAAAACUCCCCUGGACCUAGAGGAGGUGCAAACAGAUGCUCAGUUUCUGCAGUAAAUCUUCCCAGACAUGUUGACUCUAUAAUCAACAAGCGACUGUCUAAAUCCUCUGCAACCCUAUGGAACUCACCAAGUAGAAACCGAAGUCUGCAGCUCAGUCCUUGGGAGAGCAGUAUCGUUGACCGAUUGAUGACUCCUACCCUCUCGUUCCUUGCCCGGAGUCGCAGCGCAGCUACCCUUCCAGGAAAUGGGCGAGAUCUGAGUUCUCAUGUUUGUCCCCGUUCUGCAUCUGCUAGUCCCCUGACUCCAUUUAAUAGUCACAAACACCGCUGUCCAGAACGUCGAAGGACUGUUGCCAGUAGCCCAGAUAUUACCCCACGAAAAAGGAGUGAUGCCUCUCCGAAAAAGAAAGAAAAGAAGGAGAAAGAUAGAGAGAAUGAGCGGGAAAGGAGUGCUCUGACCAGAGACAGAGUUAUUAAAAAACGUCAAUCUCUUCCCGCAACAAAAAGUCGUGUAUCUCCCUCUCCCGACAUAAGUAGUUUGAAGUCCAAAAACAGGCCGUCCUCUCCAUCCACCCCUACUCGUCGCACAGCCUCACCUAUCCCAGGCACCUCUGGACAAGGGACCCCAAAACAGUCUUCCCCCAAAAAUGCUCUAGGGACAACCAAGACCAAAAUCAAGGAGAAAACUCCUAGCAAAAUCAAAGAGAAAAAAGAGGAGCGCAAGGUGGAAAAAGUAAGGCAGCCAUCACCCGCUCCACAGCAAGAGGAAGUAACGGUGGUUCAAGAAAGACUAGAAAAUGUCCCUAGCACAACUCCAAGCAUAGAAACUGCCGCCACUCCAGUCACAGCCCCUACAACAGUGCCCCCCUCCAUUCCUUCAACAGUGAUCUCUCAAUCACCAGCCCCUUCCCCCAGUAAACCAAUGGCAGGAACUACUGACAAGGAAGAAGCUGCUAGACUGCUAGCAGAGAAGAGAAGGCAGGCAAGAGAGCAGAGGGAGCGUGAAGAGCAGGAGAGAAGGGAGCGUGAGGAACAGGAGAGGCGUCAGCGGGAAGAGGCUGCUAUCAAGGAGGCUGAGGAGAGGCAUCAGAGAGAGGCCGAGGCACUACGCCAAGAGGAGCAGAGGAAACUAGAAGAAGAAGAAAGGCUUAAGCGUGAAGAGGAACAACAGAGGAAAGAGGCAGAAGAGCGAGCCAAAGCUGAUAAGGAGGAGAUGGAACGCCUUCAGAAACAAAGAGAAGAAGCUGAAGCAAAGGCUCGAGAAGAAGCAGAAAAACAGAGGCUGGAGCGAGAACAGCAUUUCCAGAGAGAAGAACAGGAAAGAUUUGAACGCAAGAAGCGUCUUGAAGAAAUAAUGAAAAGGACAAGGAAAUCAGAUGCCUCAGACAAAAAGAAAGAGGACAAGCUGACAUUGAAUGGGAAAGAAACCAAACAAGAGUCGUCUCCCAGCAAAGAUGUAGCCAGUCCCUCUGAAAAUAUUAUGAAGAUUGAAGUUCCUGAGAAAAAGUUGGUGAAAUUUCAGGAAAGAAUGGGGGCAUCUGAGUCUACACACGGAGUCCCCACUGCUCUAGUGAAUGGAGUCCAACCUCCUAAACAGGAAAAUGGAUUCUUUCCUAAGGAUUCCUCCCCAGCCUUUGAGGAGGUGAUAACCUUGUCCGAUAUUAGUGGUUCUAAUGGUGAGAGAGAAAUUCCCCCUGGAGAGCCUAUUAUUGCUUUUGGAGGCAAAGAUGCUUUCAUUAAAAAUGCUACUGUACAGUCCCCUCAAGUCACAGAAGUUCUGUAACAUUUUGCAAUAUAUACCUUUGGAGCGCCUGAAUAGAAAGGUCUCAUAUAAGGAUGUCAAAAGAAAGGGAUUGAUGGACAAAUACCUUUCUGGGCUAAACCCAUGUGUUUAACCAUCAUAUGUCUGCUGUUUUUAUCGACACCAUUGUUGCCACUUGGGCUGUCGAUGGCAUCAUUAACCAGAUAACAGAAGGAGUUAAAUAAAACAGAUUGUUAAUGUUACAAGAAAAUGCAGCAGAUUGUUUUUUCACAGUCAGUAUGGCUGAUACCAGGAUUACAAGUGACGCCGUAUAUCUGCCACUGUUGAAUACUGGACACGUCCUAGUGUUAUAAUAUUUCAUUUUGUGCUUUUUUUUUUUUUUUUUUUUUAACAUGCACCUUAUAUUAAAAUAAAAAGUUAAAAAAAACUGACAAGGUAUCUUUCACGAUAAAGAAAGGGCGGGGAUUAGAAAAUGUUGAAAGAAAAACUAUUUGAAAAGUGUUGAUUUUCCCACGAUGACUGAAAAUGCGUGAUCAAGCUUUCUGGUGUUCCUUAUUAAGUAGCUAUUUAACGCAAAGAGACUGCUGGGUACCAUGCUGUAUAUGAAUUCUGUAUAUAAAACCUCACAGUGUUACAUCAAGGAUUUUGACAAUGUGCCUGUUUGUAUGCAUGAAGACAUUGGAUUAAAAAUGUAUGUUGUACAUGUUUUAUGAUUUUAGAAAAACACAUUGAAUUUUACCAUC